CAGAAAAGCUGGCAAUUCUAUUGCCGAUGCCCCGUAAAUGUUCUUCAUUACAUUUCGGCCGAAGAUAUGUGCACCCAUAGUCUGCAGAUCAAUCGGUACUAUAGGGCUUGCACCAAACGCCCACUUUCUCCGACUGUCAAAUACGCCGAUUUGUAACAUUCCGCGAGUGACAGUUGUUUUUGGAGUUGGACUGAAGAAGAAUUCCACUGUGAUAAAUAGAUCAUUGGUAACGGGUGGAGAGAAGACCAUUUCGUCAGCAGAAGUGCCGACUGCGGUAGGAACCGAACUUAUAGUAGCGUUUCGUUCCAAUCUUGAGGCGAAAGCUGCUGUUCAGGCAUGGGAGUUAUAUACAGUACUUCGCGCGGACCGUUCUUCCUCCGCCUUCCGCUCGUUGAACAACGACGACUUUCAAGAGCUCUCGAAUCUUUUGAGAAGCCAUCACAUUCGGCACCUUUCCUCAAAUGACGUGGAAUCGCUUCUGAGCGACAUGGAAUUUCUGGGCAUUCCACCGACAAGAUACCAAUAUAAUUGGCUACUCAAGUGUUACGUUGACGCUGCAGAUCUGGAUCGCAGCUUGCAGACGCUACGGAACAUGGCGGUUGCUGGAUGUCCACCUUCGUUGGGAUCUUAUAUCUACGUAGUUCGAUGCUGCUUAAAGAACAAGGAUGCGGCUACUGCCCAAAGCAUUCUUAAAAGGAUGAUCCAAAGGGCCCGCCGAUCACAAAUUGCAGUACCAGCCAAUAUGACGGAGUAUGCGGCUGGGAUCAGUGAUGGCGGGUCUGGCCCAGUACCGGAUACGGAGCUCAUGAGUUUAUCUAUGAUGACGGCCCUCGUUGCGGAAGAUUGGUUUAUUACGCAAAGCAUCUACGAGGAGGCAGAACAACUAGGCAUCCAGCUGGAUACACCCAUACUGCUCAGAGCAUUCAAGACAUUUAUCCGUAAGAGUACUCAAGGUGGACCUUACAUCGCAAAGCCCGCUUUUCAACGCGCUUUCGAUAUGUACAACAGGCUGAUACAGACCGAUACGAAGAUAGAUACCGGCGCAGAGGUGGAUAUGCUCAUUGAAGGACUUGCCAGGUUGGAACGCCUGGAUGAUGCGAUUCAGGUUUUGGACAAGUCCAAAAUGCUGCAAAUGCGCUUAGAUGCACGAAGUUAUGGACUCGUUAUUGACAGAUGUCUGAAGCAGCGAAAAGGACAGACUGCUCUAAGAAUCUAUGGAGAUAUGAAAGACAUGGCCGUCAUUCCGAAUGUCGAAACUUUCAAUAAUCUCCUUACAUAUCUCCGGGAUCAGACGGACGACGAUGCGUACGAGAAACUGAAAUCCCUUUAUGCGGACAUGCAAAUCGUGGGCGUUACAGGCGACGCGUACACGUACGCGAUAUUAACAGGCUCCAGCAUGGCCCGCAAUGAUUCAGCCGCAAUCCUUCGUUUCUGCCAAGACCUGCGGGAUUCACGGCAAUUGACUGAAACUACCUAUAAUGAACUGAUUACAUGGGCGGCGCAUCAGCAAGAUCUUCCACUGCUCAAGUUAUUGUUGCACAACUUACAGGAUGCCGGAUAUUCCCUGAACAUGGCCACCUCUAAACGGGUCAUUCAAGCAUAUAUCAAUGAUGGCGACAUAUUGAGUGCCGAACAGCAUGUCCGUCAGAUGAUUAACGAUCGAACGUUACCUCUUCAAAUAGCAGAACUUUUUAUACGACACUCCAUAGAGCAGGGCCAGGCAAAAAUUGCAGUCGAGGUCGUUGACAGCCUUCUAGCAUCUGGUAUGGAGGUUCCCCUUGCCGUGCAGAUUCGGCUGCUACCCCAUUUGGUGAACGCCGGUCGCGUUCAGAACGCUCUGUCAAUUCACGCGUCUGUCGUUGGAGACGGGAUACAUAUCGGCAAAUCCGAACUCCAAAACUUCUUAACAGCUCUCCUGGCGCAGGGGUACCGUUCCGAAACGUUCGCUAUUAUGAAACAACUGCUUGAAAUUGGUCGCUCGGUUGAUGGAGAAACCUGUAAUCACCUGAUUCGUACGUGUGUGGAUGCCGGAGAGCUGGAUCUUGCAAAGAGAACGGUGCAGGAACUAAUGCAAGAAGCACCCAUUGACGUGGAGCUGUACGAUAGGAUAGUUGAUGGCUUUUUGGCACAGGACAAAGUUGAUGACAUUGUUGAUCUUUACGAGGCGACUGGAGGGAUGGGCCUCAAGAAGAGAGAAGGCCAUAAAUAUCCUCGUCGUGUACGUCUGGCUGCCAAGACAUUUAGUGAUAUCAGGAACAACCUAGCUAGGCGCACCGAGGAGUUCAUCAAGAAGAAUGCACUUUAUCCAGUCCACCUCGAGGGUACUGUUGUACGGGUAAAGGCUGUUCUCGACACUGCAGCCGACGUGCAUGAAAGUGAUCGAUGUGGUAUUGAUGCCAUGUAUCACCACCAGCUUAAGCUGCUCCGAAAACCAUUUAUUGACAGGAUCGAAGCAGAAGCAGCUACAGCUAGUGAGGGCGGUGCAGAGCGAGCGAAGGCGGUGCUGCACGAGAUGCGCGCUGCGAUCAGACCUGAUGCGCAUGCGUAUGGACUUGUCAUGAAUAGCUACGCAGCGCUCGAGAAAUGGGACCAAGUUUUGCAGCUUAAAGACGAUAUGAUAGAAGGUCGUAUCACAGAAAAUGCGACCACUAGGUCCCUGACGUUGAGGGCUCUUCUGGGGAAAGACCAAAUUACGAAAGCUCGCAUCUACUGCCUCGAAUGCCUAAAAGCUGGAUGGUAUCCAGACAAUGGAGAGCCGGAUGUGUUAGUCGCUCGCCUACUUGGACGUGGCGAGCUAGAGAAGGCUCUUGAAGUCUCUCAAGCAAUUCUCGACACCUCGGGCAGAACUGCUAAGAUGUAUGACAGAACCAUAUAUUUGAAGAAUAGCUUGGGCGAUAUUGAGGGAGCAUUGGGUACCUUUGAGCAAAUGAAAAGAUGGCGGGAAGAAGAGGUUUCACAAGAUGCGAGGGAAUUCUGUACACUCCAUGGCAGCACCGUUACUGCUUUGAUGCAUGCUUGUCUCCUCGAACAAAGAACAUCGGCAAUUCAUGAGCUCCUGACGGAGAUUUCUGGUCAUGUAACUGCCUUUGACCAGCGCUUCUAUCUGAACCUCGCGAUGAGGAUGUAUCGGGCGCAUCGGCCAGCACUCUCAGCUUUAUUAUUACGUCACUCUGUUGCAGCAAGCCACGAUCUCAGCGUCCCGGCAUACACGAUGAUUAUGACCGCAUUAGAGCGAGAAAGGGACUGCCUGACUGCGUGGAAGUUAUACAAGUUUGCUUUUGUGGAAUGGCGUUGUCUCAAUGAUCCGCAAUUAGAAAGAUGGUCCCUUGACGUGAUUGAAAGACUUUGUAUGUCUUCUCGGGACAAGGACGUGCCUAGCAUUAGGCGAGAGCUUUCUGCUUGGAAGAACGGUGAUCCGCCAAUUUCCAAAGCUCUUAGCUUUGAAAAUCUAGAGCACGACGAUGUGGAUCGGUCGAUCCGCUCCAUCGAAUUUAAUUUUAAAGAUGGUGAACCCAAGACUAUUUUCGAGAAACAUGCUAAAGAUCUACUACCAGGGCAGCUCGAGCGAGAUGAUGGAACCGCGUUUGUUGAGCAGCCUGAUGUAGCCGAUACAACUGCUGCACUCAUCACAGCAUUGGAAAACAAGAAAUAUGAAGAAGCUGGAUCAAUCUUUUGCAAGCUGGAGAAUGCAUCCGAGUCGAUACCUCCCUUCCUUCUUUGGAAGCUCGCUCUUGGGGUGUUAAACAGACCAGAGUUGAAAGGCGGUCGGGAUCUAUUGAAAAAAGUGCUGAAAGCGAUGAUGAAGAGUCCCAGCGGCUUGCCAUGCCUGCAAAGUCAGGUGAAAACGCUAGCAUUGAAGUCACACCACGUCACAAUCGCCCGUAUCGCCUGGAUUUUGGAGAUGAUUGGCGAAGUCAAAUUGGCCGAUGACCUACUUAGUAUGGCCAUUACUCGGGUGAGCGAGGAUAAGGAUGUCCGGAAUGCUGUAAAGAUGACCCGCAUUUUGGUGGCUGCGGGUCGGCCAGUACCGCCUGCUCUUACGGACAUAUUCAUCAGAGCGGUGGUGCAGGACUUAAGCGAUCAAAAAUUCGAAGUAAUCAUGCGUCGCGUGAUUAAUGCCGGUAUUCCCUUUGACGAGGACAUGUUCUGUCGGCUAGUUGAGAUUUACGUCAUGGAAGAGGGCAAUGCCCUUGAAGUUACCGAGCUGGAAAGGGCACUGGAACAACUGCGUCGAACAGGCAUAAAAUGCGGUUCUCUGUCACUACAAACGCUGCUGAAGGUGUGCCAUAGGGCAUUGGAUGUUGCCGGUGCCCAGAAGGCGUGGGCGAGAUGGGUCAAAGAAGGCGUAGUACCGGAAUCGCUAUGUUAUCAGCUACUGUUCGAUCUACUGGUGCGAACCGAUGAUAUCGCUGGUGCGACGAAUAUGCGGAAAAUCAUGAACAGUAUGGGCAUUCCACCGCGUCCGGAAUAUCUGCGAGAGUAUUUUGAAAAGUACCUGAACGAUGAUCAUAUGACGCUUGAAACUGCGAUUCAAGUCGUGAAGGAUGUUAUAGCCGACUGGGAAAAAGCAGACAAGCCAAUGCCUCCUCCAGUCUCGCUUAGAACGGUGGGCAAUAUAUUAAAGAAGGCCGCCAUUGCUAAAGAUCAUGGUGGAAUUCGAGUGGCGUAUGAUCUGGUAUUUGAACUCGGCUAUCGACGCGAGAGGUUGCGCCCUUUCCUUCUCGAUAUGGUGGCAAACUUCAAAAGCGAAGGAAACUUGGAUGCAGCCGGUCAGCUCUACCGUAGCGUGGGUCCUACGCGAAAAUUGGUGUGGGAUACAAAGGUUCAUGAAAUCCUCUUGAAAUAUUGGUCCGAGCUUGGAGAAUUCAGGAAAAUGGAGGAGGUGUACUUGGCAAUCAAAGAAGCGAAUAAGCUCCCGGUCCUUCAGCCAGAAACGUUUGACGAAAUAAUCCAGCGUCAUGCACGACGAGGGACGCCACGUGAUUUGCAGGUCGCCCGCAGAUUUUUCAACGAUCUCACCCAAGAGCUCGAGCGGCUGCCGUCGCGAAAAGCUCUCGAAACUCUGGUCGAAGAGCAUGCCCGUUCUUGGGAUCAGGAUAGUGCGGAGAUGUAUAUUGGCGUCAUGAAAACAACAAAGAUAUUGCCAACCAUUGUGCAGUACAAUCACAUCAUGGAAGGCUGGGGACAGAUGGGAAGAACUGAUCGGGCCGAGCGGUGGAUGGAUCAGAUUCAACACGAUGGAUUAAAUCCCGACAGAAAUACGUGGUUUGGACUUUGCUGGGCAUACGUGAUGGCAAAGGACCUUCCCGGAGCGGAAAAAGUGCUCAUGCGGACGAAACAGCACGGAUUCGAAAUAGUGGAGAGAGACCUCCUAACAAAGCUUGGGGAAAGAGCACAGACACUCGAUGUACCCGGCGCGAAGUCCGUAUGGGAAGAACUCGUGCUUCCUUUGAAGGCGAACGAUACUCAAGUGCCCGAUAUAGGGGAUACGCGGUUUGGCCGCAAACCAAGAAAAACUCUUCUCAUUGGUACUGGGGGGGACAUGUACCCCCGUCGUUCGUUAGACAAGGAGCACCCAAGGUUGGAGAGAAGACCAUGGAUGAAAUCGUUGACGGGAACAGACCCGGAGGGUGAAACUGGCCUCCUCCCUCCAGAUAGACUGUUGGGUAAAGAAAGCCGUGCACAUGAGGCAGGAUUAGUACCUCCAAAGCAAAGGAUUCCCAAAAAGCUCAGACAUCCAAGGGGUAAUAAGUAGUAUUUUAUUUAUUCAUAUACAUCAUCUGUAAAUAUUCAAUUGACAUUGGCCCGAGUGCACGUAAUAAAUAUAGCCGGUUGAUAUACAUUUGAG